GCACACAGAUCAUCUUUCCUAUCAACCCCACUAGCCUCUGGCACAAUGAAGUGGGUAUCCUUUCUCCUCCUCCUCUGUGUCUCCGGCUCUGCUUUUUCCAGGGGUGUGUUUCGCCGAGAAGCACACAAGAGUGAGAUCGCACAUCGGUAUAAUGAUUUGGGAGAGCAAAUUUUCAGAGGCCUAGUUCUGAUUGCCUUUUCCCAGUAUCUCCAGAAAUGCCCAUAUGAAGAGCAUAUCAAAUUAGUGGAUGAAGUCACAGACUUUGCAAAGACAUGCGUUGCCGAUGAGUCUGCUGCCAACUGUGACAAAUCCCUUCACACUCUUUUUGGAGAUAAGUUAUGCAGCAUUCCUACUCUUCGUGAAAGCUAUGGUGAACUGGCUGACUGUUGUGCAAAACAAGAGCCGGAAAGAAACGAAUGCUUCCUGCAACACAAGGAUGACAACCCCAACCUGCCACGAUUUGAGAGGCCAGAGGCUGACGUCAUGUGCACCAACUUCCAGGAAAACCCUGGCAGCUUCAUGGGACACUAUUUGUAUGAAUUUGCCAGAAGACAUCCUUAUUUCUAUGCCCCUGAACUCCUUUACUAUGCUGAGAAAUACAUUGCGAUUCUGACCCAGUGCUGUGCUGAGGCUGACAAAGCAGGCUGCAUGAACCCUAAGCUUGAUGCUGUGAAGGAAAAAGCAUUGAUUUCAUCUGUCCGUCAGAGAAUGAAGUGCUCCAGUAUCCAGAAAUAUGGAGACAGAGCCGUCAAAGCAGGGGCAGUAGCUCGCAUGAGCCAGGCAUUCCCAAGUGCUGACUUUGCAGAAAUCACCAAAUUGGCAACAGACCUUACCAAAAUCACCAAGGAGUGCUGCCAUGGCGACCUGCUGGAAUGUGCAGAUGACAGGGCGGAACUUGCCAAGUACAUGUGUGAGAAUCAGGCAAGUAUCUCCAGCAAACUGCAGGCUUGCUGUGAUAAGCCAGUGUUGCAGAAAUCCCAGUGUCUUGCUAACGUGGAAAAUGACAACAUGCCUGCUGAUCUGCCUUCCAUUGCUGCUGAUUUUGUUGAGGAUAAGGAGGUGUGCAAGAACUAUGCUGAGGCCAAGGAUGUCUUCCUGGGCACGUUUUUGUAUGAAUAUGCA